AUGAAUUUGUACACCUUAGUUGAUUCAGCUUGGCUUGAAACAGCUCUAGCACAGAUUCAAAGGCGCACACCGUUAGCCAUUGUUCUCACAAAUGUUCCAUUAGUCAACAACACUAUUCGUUCAUCAAUUAACAAGAUAACAUUUUACAAAGCUCUCUUAUGUAAUAGACUAAUUACUAUUGAAGAGUACUUACAUCAUACAUACAAACUUCAAGAGUUUACUACUUUCUACAUUAAAUAUAAUAAUCGACUCUACGAGUGUUCAUCCAUUUUGAAACACAGAUAUGACACUCUCCUUACCGAUUAUUUGAUAUUACAAAGUUCAAACGACUCUCGUAUACAGGAAGAACCCUCAUUAGCCAGCACUCCUCUACAACGCCAGCUUUCAUCAGCCAGCACUACCAACUCUGUUCCACAGCAACAGCUCUCAACAGCCAACGCUCCUCUACAAAGCCCACUUUCUGCCAACACCCCUCCACAACGCCAGCUUUCAUUAGCCAGCAGUACCAACACUCCCCCACAGCCACAACUCUCUGCUAGCACUCCCCCACAACGCCAGCUCUCUGCCAACUCUCUUCCACAGCAACAACUCUCUGCCAACGCCCAGACAGAACGCCAGCUCUCUGCCAACACUCAUCUUCAGCGCCAGCUAUCUGCCAACACCCCUCUUCAGCGCCAGCUAUCUGCCAACACCCAGACACAACGCCAGCUCUCUGCCAACACUCAUCUUCAACGCCAGCUCUCUGCCAACACCCCUCUUCAGCGCCAGCUAUCUGCCAACACUUCGGCACAGCAACAACUCUCUGCCAACACCUUGGCACAGCAACAACUCUUUGCCAACACUCUUCCACAGCAACAACUCUCUGCCAACACUCAUCUUCAACGCCAGCUCUCUGCCAACUCUCUUCCACAGCAACAACUCUCUGCCAAUACUCAGCCUCAGCCUCACCCAUCUGUGUCUAUUCCCCUUAAGCGCGGGAGACCCAAAGUUAAUGUACCAAAAGAUCUUAAGGUAACUAUUAGAAACCUAAUUGAGCAGCAUGGCCAUCUUGGAAUAAUCUCCGCCUAUAACCAAAUAAAUAAAGAUAUCGAAUAUGCCAAAUCUCAUUUUGAGGCAUUUUUGGACAUGAAGACGGGUAUUGUUCCACAGCCAACGCCUACCCAAGCAUGGUUCUCCGCUAUGAAACGUUUUAAGCCCCUGAAUCAAAUUUCUUCCACAAUUCCUUCCGGACUUAUGAUUGAAGAGUCUCCAUUAUCAUUUCCAUCUGAGCUGAGGAACAUUAAAUAUCUUACAAACCCUCUUCCACAUCCCUCUCAAGACAUAUGGUAG